AUGACCCGCGAACUGCGGAGCUUCGUCUUCAAUCAUCACAGAACGGCGAUAAGACUGUUGUGCGAUUGGUUGCCAGACCAGUUGAUGACGAGCUUGCCACUUAAUAGGGUUUAUGGCUUACGCUCAUCACCUCCACCAGCACAGAGAAGCUUCACUUGCGGCUUCAAGGCCGCCCAUUGGACUUUGUAUCCAUGCAGCUUGACUCGUCCAGCAAAAUGGGAGGACAGGACAAGCAAACCAAGUUCAAGAAUGGACAGCCCAAUUUGGCUGAGACUGGAGGUGGAGAAAUGCAUUUCAAUACUUGUGGCUGUCACCUUUGGUGUCGUGGACUUUGACUACAUUGUUAGUAUUGCAAUGACAGAAUCCAGGCUUUCCACGUGGCAAUGA